AUGCCGAGCUGGAGACCGCUCCCGCGCAUCGCGUUCGCAAUAUGCAUAUACCCCUUCCAGCCCUCGUCGCCCGCCGACCUGCCCCUCGAGAUCGGUGACGAGCUGUACAUCAUUGAGCAGGGUGGUCAGGAUGGGUCGUGGUAUCGAGGAUACUUGGUUGCGCCGCCCUCGCUGCUGGCCGGCUUGACGAGCGUGAAGGGCCAGACGCUCGAAGCACGCGUAUUCUCCGGCAUAUUCCCACGCGCGUGCGUUGAGGUGCGUGAGGUGCUGGGAGAGGGUAAGGAUACGGCGAGCCAAGAAGCUGCAAAUGAUUCGGGGCGUGCAAACCACUACGCGCAUCCGACCAACGGCAUCGUCACGCCCACCGAAAGCACACGUGCAACUUCUCCCUUUGCAAAAGGCUCCGGGCCCAAUGCGCGACGAGCCUCGAAGAGCGACACAGUCUCUGUGCUGCCUUCGUCCCUUUCCCGCCCGCUCUCACGACGCAAGUCUGCCAGAAAGCGCGCUGGCAGCACCCACUCGCAAUGGACCUCCCGCGAAGAACACCUCCAGCAGUUGAUGCUUCCUCUCUCGCCGAUAUCAGACCCGACCGCCCCCCGACCGCCCGCGCCAGUACCCAUGCUGAAGAUUGGUGACGAGACACCCACAUCAGCCCAAGAGCCAUUGGUCGACGAAAUCGCGUCCUGCCUCCGAGAAUGGCACUCCACAAAAGUACACGAACUGCUGCUAGCACGCAAGUACGGUUCGUUGGACAAGAUGUCAAGGCUAGUAAACCGCCUGGACACGGCCCGCCGCCAGCUGUUGCACAAGGUGCUCACAGCCAAAGAGCUGGAAAAGGUACGCGAAGCCACUGUCUGGGACCUCGUGGCAGGCAAUAAGAUGCUCUGUGGAGAUGUCAUCGUGCGCAGCCCCUCGCAGCGUGGCCGCAUCUUGACGGGCGACGACUCGGCCAUCGAAGUUACGAAACUGCAGUCGAUGAUGAGCCUGCUGGACAGCCGACCAACGGCUCAGGUCGAUGAGCACAACCUUCAUCAUUUGUUCGUCAGCCUGAAACAUGUCGUGGGAGACGUCGUACCAGGCGCGGCUCAAAUCAGCAUGUAUCUGUGUCUGAAGGCGCCAGGAUCAGCCCCACAACCGCUUUCAGAAGCAUACUCUUUCGAUUUGACUGGACGAGACGGAGCAGCCAUAUCCCUGAGCACCGACAAACUUCGCGCAUUGCUUGUAGACCUCAGUUUGACCGACAUUGGCGAAGGCGCAGGAUCGGGUACUACCUUGUAUCUCGUCUUCAGGCUGAUGACAAACGAGCCACUUCGCGCGGCGACUGCAGCAGAAAAGGCAGGCACGAGCAGGGACACAACACCAAACAAGGGGUCCACGGUGCAGCCCUCCCAACAAGGCAGCAUCAAGGGUGGCAGGCGCAGCGUCAUGUUCGGCUCUAAGAGGAAAGAAUCCACCAACUCCCGCCACACAGAAUCACGACACACAGACUCUUCGGAUGAACGCCGUCGCCCAAGCCUUGAACAGACCCGGUCACAAACGUCUGAUACGAGGCCAGGCUCGUCGGCAACAGCGAGUACACGAGCCCGUGCUCUGUCAAGGGACCAGAAGACAUUAAAGAGGUCUAUCGCAGUUGGUGUAGUGCCUGUAAAUCAGAUACUUCAAUCCGAGUCAGAGGCAGAUCAAACCGUCGAGAUGUACUGCACUGCCCCGGCUGGAGAGGACAUCUCAGAGAGCGAUGGUGGUUGGGACAGCGUGUUGCCAGAACUAUACCCAAGCGCCAGUGGCAAGUACAAGUUGAACGCACCCAUCAGUCGACUUACCAUACACCUAAAAGCCUUUGUCCAUGCCGACGCUGAGGGCCUCAUCGAGAAGAUUCCCACCAUGUUGCACAACAUCAGGCAAUGCCGGAAGAUUGGGUUCUCAGGUGCGCCAACCAAGCCACGCAGUGACAUUUACCUCACGCUUGUCGAGCCUUUCCUCCCAAAGAACGCAUUCCUGGCCCACCCAAAGACUGGCACUGUUCCACUAGUGCAGUCCUCUCCAAUGACUAACCUCCAGCUCACCAUCGAGGUCAGAAAAAGCUCUGGAGAGCGUAUCGAGGGGUGCAUCUACCCUUCAACUAACAGUGCAGGCCAUACAGCUUGGCGCACCACAGCAGCCCAGCGCGGCGAAGGCUGGAAUUCGACGAUACGGCUUGCCAUCGACCCCCAGGACGUUCCCGGGUCGCACUUAGUCAUGAGCGUUGCCGAUGCACCAGGAUUUCCAUUUGCCCUAUGUUGGAUGCCCCUUUGGAACCAAGAUGCCUUUGCUCGUGAUGGCGACCAUGCCUUAACCCUAUACAGGUACGACGAAUACACCUCGGGUAUGAUUGCUGGCAAGGGCGCAUACCUUGGCCUGCCAUGGAGUGCGAAGAAGAAGGACGAGCAUGUUAUGGGUCCAAUGGCAUCUGUCCACGUCAAGACUUUCCUGUGCAGUACACGGUACUCUCAAGACCCGACCAUCCUGGGUCUCAUAAAGUGGCAGGAGCAACCGCCAGGAGAGCUUGUAGGACUGCUGCGCCGCUUCAACUUUGUUCCGGAGAUUGAGAUCGUCAAGCUGUUGAGCGAAGUCUUCGACGCCCUCUUCGCCAUUCAAAGCCAUUACGCUGGUAGUGACGAAUACGAGGAUCUCGUCUUUAAUGCUGUCGUCAUUGUACUAGGCAUAGUACACGAUAGACGCUUCAACCUUGAGCCUCUGGUGGAUCAGUAUGCGCGGACCAAGGUAUUCCAUUCUCUUGUCACCUCGUGCCUGAUGCAAAGUCUUGGCCGACUUCUCGCCAAGCCUACAGAUUCUGAGAGCUCUCGACGACUGCGCGCAACUUUCAAGGUCGGCAAGCUCAUCAUGAAAUUCCUGGUCAACGCACGAGAAAAACAGAAAGCGAAAGAAGAGAGCAUUGGUAUAAAGGAUCGGACUCAGUUCAGCAAAGAGAUGAGGACCCUCUUUAAAUCGUUACAGGCGUUGAUGGAAAACCCUUCGCCUGUUCUCAUCGGCACCAAGACCCUCCUAGUACAGAACCUCCACUCGUGGCUUCCCGAACUUGACGGAUGUAUGCCGGCCACAGAGGUCUUCAAGCUUACGGCGGGCUUUGUUGACUCUUGCUCCGAAGUACAGGGAAAGCUCAUUCUCUACAAGCUUCUCCUGAUACACCACCUCUCUGACCUUCAGAUCUUCCGGUCUCCGGACGUACGUCGCAUGCUUUUGGCGAGUACUGUUCAGUGGUUAGCGCCAUACUGGGGUAGGGUGGAGACUGUCACCGACCAGUGGAAGGAUCAAGUUCGUCUCUGCUGUUCGGUAGUUGCAUCGCAAGUCGAGGAACUGGGAAAGGAAGCUUGCGAGUACAUGCCAAAGCUCGUAGACUCAUACCGCGCGAUUCAAGCUACCCCUCGACCGGCUAAGAAGACACUCUCGCUGCUUUUCCCUACGAGUUAUCCAUUUCAAUCACGGGCGGCGACCGCCGAAGCUCCGUUUGAUGAGGCCAUGGCUGAGAUAUCAGCUGUACUUGCCGCCAUGUCUAGCCUACCUACUCUCUUACAUCCGGAGCUGCCCAAGGAAGAAACUGCAGAGUUCCUCUUCUCGGUACUACAAGUCUACAUAUCUAUUCUGGAUUGCGAAGCUUACCCUAGCUCGUGGCUGAGUGUGCACAUCUACCAUCACAAAGCCACAAUGCGUGCAUUGGAGAAGCUGUUCAACAUCUUACACGACUCCUUUCUCCCUCUUCCCGACGAAGCGGAUAGCUUUAACACGGAGCUUUGGCGAGCCUUCUUCGAUGCGUUAUUGAAGCUAGUUGGUAGCGAUGCUCUUGCAUUAGAGACCUUUCCAGAGCAGAAGCGACGUGCCGUGUGGAAGAUUGCUGGCGAUGUUCGUGAGCAUGGCGCAGAUCUGCUACAACGCAGUUGGGAAGCGAUCGGUUGGGAGGCCAGUGCUGAGGACAAAGGCCAGUAUGGACUUGAGAAGAUGGGCGGCUUCCAAGUACAAUACGUACCAGGCCUUGUGGCACCCAUCGUCGAGCUUUGUCUCAGCGUACAUGAGGGUCUGCGCAGUGUAGCCAUUGAAGUGUUGCAAACUAUGAUCAUCAGCGAAUGGACGCUGAGCGAAGACCUUGCUCUCGUACAAGCCGAAAUGAUCGACUGUCUGGAUAAUCUCUUCAAAACGAAACACUUGACUGAGGCAGUUUUGCAAAAGCACUUCAUUCAGGAGCUAGUAGAACUGUUCGAACCUCUUGCCCAGGACCCAGAAGAACCGUUGCUUGCAGCUUUGAAGGACCUUAUCUCGACCAUCGAUGAACUGCUGGACCUCCUCGUUGCUGUGCAUAGCACAGACGCAACUGGCGAAGUCUUCCACAUUAUGGACACCUUACAUCUCAUGGAGUUCCUGAAAGACAUGCAGAAAGAAGACAUUUACAUCCGAUAUGUGCAUCAGUUGGUGGAAUUGCAGGUGGACGCGGGGAACUACACAGAAGCAGGUCUUGCGCUCAGAUUACACGCUGAGUUGUACGAGUGGGAUCCGAACUUGACCGUGGACCCGCUGACCGACCCCAAUAUGCCGCCACAGCCUGCGUUCGAGCGCAAAGAGCAGCUCUACUUCCAGAUGAUCGAUCAUUACGAAAACGGACAGUCAUGGAACAAUGCGUUGGCCGCCUAUACGGAGCUUGCGGCGCAGUACGAGUACAAUGUAUUCGACUUUGUUAAGUUGGCUCGCACACAGCAUGCAAUGGCGAAGAUUCACGAAAGUAUCGCAAAGGGGGAACGCUCAAAUCCACGUUACUUCCGGGUAGUAUACAAAGGCCUAGGGUUUCCACCGGGACUUCGGGAUAAGCAGUUCAUCUUUGAGGGAUCACCUAACGACCGGUUGGCAUCUUUUACGGAUCGAAUGCAACAGCAACACCCCUCAGCGCAAAUCGUCAACCCAGGCGGAGAGCAAGACCUGGAGGGCCAGUACUUGCAGAUUUACCCUGUAAGCCCACAGAAAGACCUUACUCAUCCGAUUUAUCAACGAGCAAAGGUGUCUCAAUCCGUCAAAGACUACUAUUUGCUGUCUCGUCCAUCGCACUUCACGUCAGCAUCUCGCCGGUCGCCGUCUGCUCACAACGCAAGAGACGCAGCAGCAGAAAAGACGCUCUACACCACAGCAGAGAGCUUCCCCACAAUCUUGCGAAGAAGCGAGAUAGUAGCGGUUGGCACGGUGACACUGACACCGUUGCAAAUGGCCAUUGAACGAACCUCGCGCAAGACCGGAGAACUUCUUGCUAUUGAGAAACGAAUCACGGAUGGCGACGAUACUACGUUCAAUACACUGACCCAAGAACUCAUGUACGCUGUGGACACCAACUCCCGGGAUUGUGUUGCGAAUUACCAUAAUCUGUUCCCUCCUCCGGGCGAAGAGGAUGAAGAAGAUGGUGAAAACGGACGAAUGCCCAAUCCGCUAGAGAACGGCUUGCGGGUUGCGCUGAUUGACUAUGCUCUUGUCAUUCGUCGCUGCCUUUCAUUGUAUGUGAGGCCUGCUCAGCAAGCCACCAAGUCAGACCUCACGCAGCGUUUCGAGUCAGCCUUCUUUCGCGAACUGUCAACGCUACUACCACCGAACAUGGCCCCAACAUUGCGCUCGCCUACCGGGUCAUGGCUCGCGGCAGCCACAUCUCGCUCUCAGAUAGCAAGUCCGACGCCCGACGAGCCUCAAGUCAAUGGCGAUAGGGGAGCCUCGCCGGUUCUCAACGGCCGGACUUCACGCCAAGACAAGAAGCGACUUAGUUUGGCCUUUCUGACAAAAGAAUUCCUCAUGGGCGAGCCCGAGAAGGAGAAGGAGAAGGAGACGAAAUCCGAAAAGGCCUCGGCCGACGACGACACAUGUACAACGGUGUCGUCACGAAGUCGCAGCAAGGAGACUCAUAGCAGGAAUCGCUUGAGCUUGGGUUUCCUCAACCAUACGCCAAGCUCACCGCAGCCAGAGGCAUUGCCGAGCUUCCCCAGCCAGGCACCAGCAAAUCGAAGCGAAGGCAGCCUCCAGCGACAACCCAGCCAGAAGCGGCCAGAAACGAUCAAGAGCCAAAAGAGCGACAGGUCGCUGUCCUCACGAACUGACAGCGUAAAAAAAAGGCUCAGCUUCAUGAACAUGUCGAAGAAGAGUAGUAAGAGCAGUGUCAGGGGACGCGUUGAUGAUACCCUGGUGGAGGAGUAG